ACACUUUAGUAUUUAGGAAGGGGAGGAAAGGCCACAGACACGUACCUCUCUAGGCCCAGUGCAUCGCGUGAUUUCAUGGUGAGAGGAUCAACGUAGCUAUCAACCAAAAGGAACAUUUGAGACUUUUUUGACAGAUCAUUUCUCAUUGUCUCGAUCAAUACCGCUGAUCUUACAAAAUAUUCCUGAUCAAGCGGCGCGAUUUGGAACACCGAUCAACCUUGGAUUUUGGCAUGGCUCUGACAAUCAAGUUUCUUAUCCUCGCCUGCGUCCUGUUCACCGCAACGAUGGCAGACGAAUCGGACAAUAGCGAGGGACAGCAAUCCGGCAGAUCGCGAGUUUCUGAUGAACAACUGAACAUAGCAUUGAGCGACAAGCGUUACUUGACCAGACAGCUUAAGUGCGCCCUGGGAGAAGCGCCAUGCGAUCCCGUUGGGCGACGCUUGAAAAGCUUGGUGCCAUUGGUUUUGAGAGGCUCCUGCCCGCAAUGCAGUCCGGAAGAAACACGUCAGAUCAAGAAGGUCCUUUCUCACAUUCAGCGAUCCUUUCCGAAGGAGUGGAGCAGGGUAGUGCAACAAUACGCUGGAGUUUCAUAAACGAGAGAUGAUAUAAGCCGACUACGAGGCUGAAUGUACAAAAAUAUAGUAACGGAAUAUACAAAAGAAUAUAUAAUGGCUAUCUACAUCUAUGAGAGAGGCGAGAAACAACAUCGUACAUUCAUUCAUUCGAUGAUAUUAUCGUUAAGCAUCGAAAAAAUAUAUUUUAGCCAAAAGAGAUAUAUCACCACGAUGUACAUAUCAGAUAAAAAUCUAUUAACACAUAUAAAAUGUACAUGAAAUGUGUAUUGAUCUGUUAUUUGAAAUGU